AUGCAACUAUGUGCCGAUAUCGAAGAUGAACUGGAUGAUUCAUCCUACGUCUCAUGCACGCCAUCCGGUAGUGAGGAAGAGGAAGAAGUAGCAGCACCAAAAGUUGCAGAUAAGAAGCGAAAAGGAACAAGACAACCCUAACCCAAGAAAGGUUAAGCUGCCAAAGCUUGACCCAGUGAGGUCACCGAGCCCUGAGUUUGAACAUCAACAAAACAAGAAGGAAAGACUGGUGUCCAAAAGGGGAAAACGCAUUUGCAUCAUAGAAGGGAGGAAUGCCCCAUUUGCAAAAAGGAGAUUUAUGACAUCCGUUGCCACCUGUGGAAACACGCAGAAAAGGGUGACAUUGGUGCAGACGAAGUCAUGCACAUCACCAGUGUGGCAAAAGGGAAAGGUUGGAGGCGAAGCGCAAGUCGUGUUGGUAACGACAUCAUGUAAUUCUCUUUCGCAAGGCCCAUCAACCCCUGCAGAAGCAGAAGAUUGUGCAGCAUCGACCUCCACAGAACCAGAAGCAGAAGUACAGUUUUCGGACAGUAAAGCUGAUAGUGAGGAAUCUGAUGAAGAGUUUGCUCAUCAAGACUACUUUACCUGCACCAACCCCAUUACCAAACGUCACAAGUAGCUCACAGCAUUUUACCAACAACGUCCUCGAUGCCGGGCAAAAAAAGGACAAAAACCAGCUCCAGGAUGCAUGCCACAUUAAAACUGUGUUAGGGAGACCCUCGUGGGACAGACAUAGAAAUCCUCUCUCUAAACGAGGCCAGGUGCCUUGGAGCACGCUAAGAUGGGAGACUAUCAUAGAAUGAAGAAAAACCAAUAACGUGGUCAUUACAUGAUGCUAGUCGCGCAACACAAGCGGCAAGUUGAUGGCCCAGCAGUCAUCUCCUUCAUGAAAGAGUUAAAAGAAAUGCUGGAUGUUUAUGUUGAGAAGAAACACCCAUAUCUUUGAAAACCUAAGGAUGAGAACCUCUUCCUGAACAACUCCGGCAAGGCCUUUGCAGGAGCAAACAUUUCCACGAGAGUGCCAGAGUUUUGGCAGAAAACAGAAGUCCGCCUGGACAUACAAGUGACUGCAACCAACACCAGAAAAUGGAUCGUUACUGUAUGCCACCAAAAAAAGUGUGAAGGGGUGGACUAUGACGAAAACGUGCUAAGAAGGGCCAUGUGCCACUCAGACCGGCUUGCUCAAUCGAACUACCUACAGGACGAUCUAACCGCAGUUGGAGCUGAGGCAAAUCACAUUAUUGCCAUGUGCACAAACCAAACACCUGUUUCCUCAAAGCAACAUCGCUUAAAGAAGACCCACUGAAUAUUGAAGAGCCGCAAGAGGAUCCAGGCAACGUUCAGUCGGACAACGAGAAAGAUUCUAACACUCGACCACUGACAGCAUUGGCAAAAGAGGAGAUCAAAUGCCUCUUUCAACAGGAAAUCGCAGAUGUGGUCAUCGUCCUCAAAAAUGUGCGCUCGAAAUUGAGUACCAGCCUGACUUUGCGAAAAUUACUGCCUUACAAAGAGAUGGUAAGAAAAGUCGCCGACUGCAUGCGGUAUUUUCAGACAAAGGAGCCAACAAAGGAACCAGAACAGCUGCCUGAAAGUGGCAAACCUAGUAGAACUUCUAAUUGGGUUGCAUCUCCAACGGAGACGCUGAGUUCCCAAAAAUGCGAGUGGUCGAAAGACCACGGGGCCAUUAUUGUAAAGUACUUUGUUAAACCUGAAAAGGCCAUCUCCAUACAUGAAGUAAGGAAAAUGUUUCAAGAAAUCGAGGAGUUGCGAAAUCUCCUUAAGGAAGAGGUUGCAGCAACGUGUGGACAAAAUAAAAAAUAUGCGGAAGAAAAAAGGCAAGUAAAUAACACCUGUACAGCCCUCCAGUAA